AUCGUAACUAAUAACUGGAUUGUGACCUGAGAGAUUUGCUUGUUUGCUGAGGUAAUUUUAAGAUAAAUUAAUUGAGCUUUGGACCUUGGGUCCGAUUUGUUCAUUUACUUCCAUGUCAAAAUAAUUGAAUACUUGCAUGCAUAUCCGUAUAAUAUUAUUACAAACCCAACACGGAAUUUUUGUCAGAACCAAAAAAUAAUAACGCAACGCUUUUAUCGGUAAUUACACAAAGAAGUUGUAGAAAAGCAGUCAUGUGAGAUCGAAAGCUGGUGGUUAUGUCAAGUGACUUAAUAGACCUGCUCAUCUUGAUUAUAUUUUGGAUCGUAUUGUUGUACUUGUUAAGGGCGCUCGACAAAUGUUUAUCAUACAUAGAAGAGCGAAACAGGGAGAGGCGAGCACGGCAAAACACAGUUCGAGAAGUGCAUGUUAACUGCGUCUUUCUGCAAGAAAUUGAAGAAAAUGAUAGUAUACCGCCAUCAUACGACGAAGCUCAGUUUAUUAUCGAAGUUGGUGAUUCGUCAUCUAUCUAUUCUACAAUGAGUCACUUAACAAACUACGGCGAUGACCCGCCGGAAUACGACAGGGUCAUUGAAAACAGUUUUAGCUGUGGUGAACUCUCUUGGGACGCUGUAACGGCCGUUUGACAAAUGUUACGAGUACAGAUCAUGUAUAUAGUAAAACUUUUAAAAAGUAUAUAGAAAGUCUAUAAAGAAAUAUAUCUUCCAGACUGCUUAAAAUCUGGCGCAGAAGAUUAUAUUUUUAAACUAAUUGAAUAAUACACUAGUUACAAUAGCAACUUAGGUCUUCACUUUGGCAUGUUGAUUACACUCACAGAUAUUUUUCAUUCGAUUGGUCUAAAAAUAGUAUAAGAAGGAUAAAAUACUACCCCUGAACGUCGAACAAGUGGAAAAUCCCUGUCUUCAGAGAAGGGCUUGCUGGUCUCAAAUACCUACCUCGAAACAUGCCUUCAUCAUUGCCUUGACGGUUUUGAUCUUACAUAAUAUUUAUCAGAGAUUUGUUAGUCAUACUAUUUUAUUGUAAAAUGUUUUGUUCCUAUUAAAUUCGUAAACAAAAAUCUUAAA